AUGCCCACCACCAUCAAAGAUAUCCCCAAUGAGGUUCUCAAGCACAUCUUGGUGCAAGUUCGUGAGCAAGGUGGUUAUGGUGCUCUGAAGAUGGCACUCCGUGUCUCCCACCUCUGGAACGACGCAGGCACCUCUGUGCUCUACGAACACGUCGUGCUUUACAAUAACAACAUCAGUCGUUUCCUUGAGAGCCACAUCGAACCACACUGUUUGAGAGAGGCGUCAAGCACGUUCGACGAAGCGAAGAACAUGUUCGCAAAGCCUCUGCCCUCCGUCGAAGAGCUGAAGUCUAGACGUGGUAAGAGGUACAUCCGCAAUCGAAAAAGAACGUGGGAGAAAGUCCAUUCUUUGACCCUCAACGUCAAGCCCGAGGGGUCUGGCAACACCCGAUAUGAGGAGCUUAACAGACAGGGCGGCAAACUGACUCCGCUAGAUCUGCAACUGAUGAGAUUGGCAAGCAUGCUUCCGAGUCAUUUUCCUGUGCUUGAUACCUUCUCACUCUUCACAAAGGAGGUGUAUCACAAAGAUAAACAUGAGCUGGAGACACACUCGCCAGGCUUCUUCGAUGCCCGAGUCUUUCUUGAACUUGUGAAGUCGUUGCCAAAGUCUUGCGUGAGCAUCAUGCUCGACACCAAUGGCCGUGAGAUUCAGUUUGGCGCAGUAUCACCACGCAUGUGUCUUCUACUUCGAGACAGGAUGCCAAAACUGCGCCAUCUGUCGCUCAGAGUGUCGUACGUCUGCGAGUCCAUGUUGAUUGAGUCGCACGAGAAAGGCAAAGAUCCCGAAUACGUCCACGCGCCUCAUCUGAAAAGCUUGGCGAUCUCCUUCGUACCCAGAAACGUUCCUUAUUGGUUCGACUUGAUGUACGCUCGUAACGUCUGCAGAAGGGUUCACUUCAAUAGCGCAUCGCAGAUGCCCAACGAUCAUCCUCUCGGAUUGAACGACGAGUCAGGAACCAUUCGCUUGGCCAAAGCCUUUCAGCAAGCAUACAGCCAAGGUCGCUUUCCGCAUGCCAGCAGCAUUCAAAUCAUCUCGCCAAUGAGAAUACAUCGUCGUCCUGACUGGACGUGGUCAGAAAGAGAGUAUGACGAAAUGAUGAUUAAAAUGGCGAAUGGCAUGCGACGGCCACUUACAAAGCCAGACUGCCUAUCGACACACCAGAAGCCCAGUUCGCAAAAUGCUCGUUGA